UUUCGCGCCGUGCGCGCGCGCGCGCGCGUAUUCUCGUCGCGUCCAAGGGAAACGAGGAAGCCUCAGUGAGAAUCGUGUGUCAGUGAGAAUCGUACACGGUGACGAUGCCGAGGUAGUCCCGUUGAUCGUCGCCGUUUUCUCUCGGCUCCCCUCUUCCUUUGGCCGCGAAACCGUAAAGGAGAACACGUUGCGACAAUACGCGUCGCGUGCGUUCGAUAUUCGCGCGGUCUGUCACCCGCCGUCAAGGUGAACGCCUGCGGAACGUCCGCGGUGCCGCGGCGAGGCCUCCUUCUUUCACCCGAUGUGUCGUCCUCGUUGAGGUGAAGGCACGCGAGCGCGUUUGUCGCGGACCUUGCUUCCUGGUGCUGGAUACAGGGCCGUGAAGAUGGAGGACUACAAGUUUCUCUUCAAGGUCGUGCUCGUGGGGAACGCCGGCGUGGGCAAGACCUGUCUAGUGCGACGAUUCACUCAGGGUUUAUUUCCACCUGGACAAGGUGCGACAAUUGGAGUUGAUUUUAUGAUUAAGACUGUUGAAGUAGAAAAUGAAAAAGUCAAGUUGCAAAUUUGGGACACUGCGGGUCAGGAAAGAUUUCGUUCCAUUACUCAGAGUUAUUAUAGAUCAGCGCACGCAUUGAUAUUAGUUUAUGAUAUUUCUUGUCAACCAACAUUUGACUGUUUGCCAGAUUGGUUAAGAGAAAUUGAGGAGUAUGCGAGUAAUAAAGUUCUUAGGAUAUUAGUAGGAAAUAAAAUUGAUCGUGAAGAUAGAGAAAUACCAACACAUGUAGGAGAAGAUUUUGCACAAAGACACGGAAUGUACUUUUUAGAAACGUCUGCCAAAGAGGCUGAGAAUGUAGAGAGAUUAUUUAUGGAGAUAGCAGCUGAACUUAUGGAGCAAGCACGUAGUAAGGAAUUACCUCGAUAUGAAACGAAUACAACUUCAAUAAAUGGUAAAACGACAUCAAUCGGUGAUAGUAGUAAUUGCGGUUGUAGCAGACUUUCUUAAGAAAUUUUUUCAUGUAACAUUAAGCAUUUUAGUAAGGUAUUUUUAGUUUUAUAUAUACACAUAUAUAUAUAUAUAU